CACAGUAGAUCGAGCGGUUAGCUUGUAGAACGACGUUGUUAGAUUAUUCCAUGUGAUGGAUUCCAUUCGCGAUCUUCUUUCAAACGGUGAUUGUGAAAAGAUCAUCGAGCGUUUCGUGGCUGCGUCGGGGGACGACACAGCUGCCAUUAAGAUUAUCAGCUACGAUGCCGAAAUUAUACCGGGCCAUCCGGGCUACAUUGGAGAUUACUCCUAUCUUCGAAUCACCUAUCAAAGAACUAAACAGGAUCGAAUCGAAAUGGCGCGAUUUUUCGUCAAAUCAACUCCACGAUACGAUGCCGAAUUGAGGAAAAUGGUUGAAGCCUGUGGAAUCUUCAGGAAAGAAGCAGUCUUCUAUGACAAACUACACGCCCACUACCAGCGAGAUCCGGUCAAGGUGAACAAAUGGGCCCCAGAUUGCUAUCUGGCGCGGAAUGAGUUGAUUGUUCUCGAAGAUCUGUCGCAGACCCGCUACCGAACGAUGCCAUUUCAAAAACUGUUCCGCGAGCAACAUAUGCAACUCGUAUUCGACCGAUUGGCCCAGAUGCACGCUUGUGCGAUCGAGUUUGAAGUGAACCAGCUCAACGGUCGAUCGAUUGAUGCCGUCUAUGGGGAAGAGAUUUUGUUUGAAACAACGUUCACGCCUACGAGCGGCUGGUUCGUUGCCGGAAUGAAGGGCAUACUUACGGUGGCUCUAGAAAGAAGUCAUUAUUCCAAGGAUCCAACCAAGAGAGCCAUCAUAGAAGAGCAGAUGAUGUCGCGGAUGGAGCACAUUUACGCCCUUUCCAAGCCAACCGACCAGUUCCGCUGUACCGUCGUGCAUCGGGAUCUGUGGUUUAACAAUUUUAUGUUUCAACCCGCCCCGAAAGAUACUGAUUGUGAUAACCCGCUCGAUUGUCUGCUGAUCGACUUCCAGCUGGCCCGCUAUUUGCCUCCAGCGGUAGAUUUCCAGUGUGCCUUGUACCUGCUGACGGAUCGCGCACAACGUGAGCAGCAACGUGAGCGGUUCAUCGAGUUUUACUACAAUUCUUUCCAGCAGAAGCUAGCCCUGCUGGGUCUGGAUGCUGCACUGCUGUUGCCCAGGGCACAAUUUGAGGAAACUCUUGCGCAUUACCGGCUGGUGGGACUCGUUUGGGCGGGCGUGCUUCACGGAUUUGUCAAUUUUCCACAAGGAAUGAUGGACGAUCUGCAUCAGAGCGAUUCGGAUACGUACACGCGUAUGUCCAUGGUAAACAGGGAUGAUUUCAUCCUGAAGUACUACGAUUGCGAUCGGUUCUAUCGUGACCGAAUGGACGAUGUAGUCAACGAAACUAUCGAAUAUUUAUUUAAUUUCCACCAUUAAGCCUUUCGUAUAUUCAGUAUGUAAAUGCAUACGAAAAUACAGAUAUUCUAGAGUGCUGCAAUGAGGUCACGUAUGAUACCCGUAAUGCGAUCACGGUAUGCUGCAUUAUCACGCAGCACCUCCAAGCACAUGGCGAUCUUGGCUUU